GUCUUUGGGAUACCAGACUUGAACAAAAUGGCGGAGUCCGUGAAUCCAGAAUCAACGCAGAAAACAACAUUUGGGUUUAAAAAAAGAGGCCGUCUAGCUCAGUCUAGGAAAAGGAAGACGAGUGACAGUGAUGAAGGUAGUGGUGAAGAUAAUGCCAGUGCGGUGGUGAGAAAGGAGAGACGAUCUGAACUGCUGAGUAACCCACUCAAACAAAAGACCAAAAAACUUCAAGAGCGACAGAAAGUUGACUACGAUAGCGGAAGUGACAACGAGAAAUCAACGGAGAAGGACUUCAGGGUUUCAUAUCAAUCAACCAGAUCAGCAAAACCAGAAGGUCCAGAUGACAGGGGAGCUACAGCGACUGUUAACAUCGAUACCGAUAACGCUCUAGAUGCUCAGGCAAUCUUUGAAAAGAGAAAAGAAAUAAACAAGGAUCUUAAAGAUAAAGAGGAUGACAAGAUCUACAGAGGCAUCAACAAUUAUCAUACUUACAUUGAGAAGAGAGACACAGCUCAAGGAAAUGCAUCUAGCGGUCAUGUCAGGAAGGGUCCCAUGAGAGCUCCAGCUAAUCUAAGGGCCACAACGAGAUGGGACUACGCCCCAGAUAUCUGUAAAGACUACAAAGAAACGGGGUUCUGUGGGUUUGGAGACAGCUGCAAGUUUAUGCACGACCGAUCAGACUACAAGUUUGGAUGGCAGCUGGAAAGAGAAUGGGAAGGUGGCAAAUUCAACCAAGAUGAAGAUAUGAGCAAGUAUGAAAUCCACAGUGAUGAUGACGAUGCGCUCCCUUUUAAAUGUUUCAUCUGCAGGAAGUCAUUUGAGAAUCCAGUAGUUACAAAAUGCAAACAUUACUUCUGUGAGAAGUGCGCCCUAAAGCACUACAAGAAGAGCAAGAGAUGUUUUGUGUGUAGUCAACAAACAAACGGACUCUUCAAUGUUGCAAGAGAUCUGAUUGCAAAGAUGGAGAAGAUUAAGAAUAAAGGAAAUGCCAGCCCGGACGAAGAAGCUCCUUCAGACUCCGAUGACGAGGGAUGAACUUAAUGACUUAAAGAUUUCUCAUCGAUCAAGGAUUCAGGGACGAGAAAUUUCAGACUUUUAUCUGAAUUUAAACUUUUCAAGUCGGCCUGGUCAAGAGAAGCAGCCAUUACUUUUUUUCCACAUAUUUAUAAAGAAAUCUUGCUUUUUUAUCUGCUUCUUUUAUGCUGAGGAUGCCAUUUCUAAAAGAUCCUGGAUCCUGGUGUCUACGAGACUAGGGAUUAAAAGAUAGUAGAACAAAAACCAUCAAUUCAAAAUUUGUUUUAAAGGCAGUGGACACUAUUGGUAAUAACUCAAAAUAAUUAUUAGCAUAAAACCUUUCUU